AUGCUGCUGCUGCUCCCGGCCGCGCUGGCGGUUGCUGCCGCCUGGCCCGGGUGCGAGCCCUCCUGGGACCCUGCCGGCGGCUGCCCCCGGCCGUCGGCCACAGACAGCGCCACGUGCGUGGACCUGCAGCUCCGGACGUGCAGUGACGCCGCCUACAACCGGACGGCCUUCCCCACGCCGCUGGCGCACCGGUCCCGGGAGGCGGUGGAGGCCAGCCCCGAGUACGUGCUGCUCAGCGUGCUGCACCACCUGCUGGAGGGCCAGUGCAACCCCGACCUGCGGCUGCUGGGCUGCGCCGUGCUGGCGCCCCGCUGCGAGGGCGGCCGGGCGCCCAGGCCCUGCCGGCGCGUCUGCGAGGCCCUGCGGGAGGCCUGCCUGCCCGCCUUCGACGCCAUCGACAUGGCCUGGCCCUACUUCCUCCACUGCGCCCGCUACUUCGGAGAUGAGGAGGAGGGCUGCUACGACCCCCUGGAGAGGCUGCGGGGGGAGCGAGGGGGCCUGGACGAGGGGGAGGCGCCGCCGUCCGGGCUGCCGCCGAGCUUCGUGGACUUCAGUCACCACUCGUACGCGCAGAUGGCGCGGGUGCUGAGGAGGACGGCCGCCCGCUGCCCCCACGUCGCCCGCACCUACAGCAUCGGCCGCAGCUUCGAGGGCCGGGAGCUGCUGGUCAUCGAGUUCUCGGGCCGCCCCGGCCAGCACGAGCUGAUGGAGCCCGAGGUGAAGCUCAUCGGCAACAUCCAUGGCAACGAGGUGGCGGGCCGGGAGCUGCUCAUCUACCUGGCGCAGUACCUGUGCGCCGAGUACCUGCUGGGCAGCGCCCGCGUGCAGCGCCUGCUCAACACCACGCGCAUCCACCUGCUGCCCUCCCUCAACCCCGACGGCUACGAGGUGGCGGCCGCCGAGGGUGCUGGCUACAACGGAUGGACGAGUGGAAGGCAGAAUGCACAGAACCUGGACCUGAACCGCAACUUCCCGGACCUCACCUCCGAGUUCUACCGCCUGGUGUCCGCCCGCGGCACGCGCACCGACCACCUGGCCAUCCCGCCGCACUACUGGUGGGGGAAGGUGGCCCCCGAAACGAAGGCCGUCAUGAAGUGGAUGCGGACCGCGCCCUUCGUGCUCUCGGCCAGCCUGCACGGGGGCGACCUGGUGGUGUCCUACCCCUUCGACUUCUCCCGGCCCCCCCACGAGGAGAAGAUGUUCUCCCCCACGCCCGACGAGAAGAUGUUCAAGCUGCUGGCCAGAGCCUAUGCGGACGCCCACCCCAUGAUGAUGGACAAGUCGGAGAACAGGUGUGGGGGCAACUUCCUGAAGAGGGGCAGCGUCAUCAACGGGGCGGACUGGUACAGCUUCACCGGAGGCAUGUCCGACUUCAACUACCUGCACAGCAACUGCUUUGAGGUGACGGUGGAGCUGGGCUGCGUGAAGUUCCCGCCCGCGGAGGCGCUGUACGGGCUGUGGCAGCACAACAAGGAGCCGCUGCUGCGCUUCGUGGAGAUGGCGCACCGGGGCAUCAAAGGGGUGGUGAUGGACAAGUUCGGCAAGCCGGUCAAGAACGCCCGCAUUUCGGUCAAGGGGAUUCGCCACGACAUCACCGCAGCCCCGGAUGGCGACUACUGGCGGCUGCUGCCCCCGGGCACCCACAUCGUCAUCGCCCAGGCCCCGGGCUACGCCAAGGUCAUCAAGAGGGUCACCAUCCCCGCCCGGCUGCGGAGGGCCGGCCGCGUGGACUUCAUCCUGCAGCCCCUGGGGACCGGGCCCACAAAGGUCCUGCAGGGGCCUCGGCGGGGCAGGCCCGGGACCCGGGACCCGCCGGGAGGCGCCGGCCCGCACCCGGCGCCCGAGGAGCCGGGCCAGGAGCCGCGGCGGAGGCCGCCCGGGGCCGGCGGCAAGCCCUGGUGGUGGUCCUACUUCACGGCGCUGAGCCAGCACAAGCCGCGCUGGCUGCUCAAGUACUAG